AUGCUGGCGGCUGUUGCGCAGAUCUGCUCCAAAGCGAGCGUGACAGACAAUGCGGCGGUCUGUGCCAGUGUGAUCCGUCGAGCGGCAGACGCAGGCGCAGCUCUCGUCGCUUUGCCCGAAGCUUCAGAUUUCAUUGCACCGAGCCAUCAAGUCCACAGCCUGACGGCAACGACCGAAGACGCUUUUGUCCGGAUACUCCAACAGCAGGCACGUACAAGCCGGAUCGAAGUGACCGUCGGCGUCCAUGAAGCGAUCGCCGACUCGAGACAAGUCUACAACACCCAGUUGUUCAUCAAUCGCGACGGUGAGGUUGCGCAGAGCUACCGUAAAUGUCAUCUCUUCGAUGUCGACAUCAAGGGCGGCACGACCAUCCUCGAGUCUGCAACGACGAGAGCGGGCGAGAGUCUAGGUGAUCCCAUUGCGAGCGGAAUAGGCCAGCUUGGCUUGAUGACAUGCUACGACUUGCGUUUCCCAAUGCAAUCCCUUCUCAUGCGCGCAAAAGGCGCUCAAGUCAUGACAUACCCGUCAGCUUUCACAGAGCGUACCGGCGCUGCUCACUGGGAGGUCCUUUUGAGAGCGAGAGCGAUAGAAACACAGAGCUAUGUACUCGCACCAGCUCAAGUCGGUUCGCACUUUGCGCCGCGGGCCGAGGAGGCAAAUGGCAAGCAGAUCAUCAGGCCAGGGCGGACGUCAUAUGGACAUUCGAUGAUUAGAUCGACCUCGAUUGGGCGGCCCAGAUCAGACGAGAGAUGCCAAUCUUACAACAACAGAGAAAGGACAUCUACUCGCUGA